AUGUCUUUAACCGAACAGUUCAUAGACCAUGAUUGCGCUUGCCGAAAAUCUCUCCUCAAAAGGGCAAGCAAUAUUGUCGUGUCUGCCGUUUCGUUUACGGCUACGGCAACGCAACAUCUCACUCCGAGUGGUCGGGGGUUAACAUUGACAACUGCAACUACAGAAACUGUUGACGUUUUCAUGUUGUGGAUGUACGCCGGGCAUAUUACGACAGCGCCAACAGCAGCAAGGCGCUUGGGUGCAAUAUCAAACGCGUUCCGAAGGACCCUGCCAAUUGCCAAGUGUGGCCCUGCGCGGCCAGCUUCUACUGUUCAUCAUCACGGCAAAAAUAUUCUUUUUGAACAAGGCCUAGUUCGAAAGCACCCGAAGGUGGGAUUUGAUCAUCGAAGCCCGUCCUCGCUGAUUGCACCAAAGAUGGCGUCUCUCUCUGCUGGUCUCCGCCAUGACCAGGGAAAGAAGGAUAAGGGCGGUGCUGGCUACCUAAACUUUGCAGCCAUACCUCAGACAUACGAUGGUGCUUUGCGCCUUUUGUCACUACUGCCGACAAACCGUGAUGUGACGGCCCUCUUUGAGACGCCUCCCAAGGGUGAAGAUGGCGCUCCAUUCGACUUCAACUCUCUUGCGGUCCCGGAGGUCGUCGCGUGGAUGGCUCGUGCGGGCUACUCCGAUAUACCGAAGGAUCUGGCGCCCUUGAAGUGUAUCCACAUUGCGGGAACCAAGGGGAAAGGAUCUGUAUCGGCCUUUACCACGGCCAUUUUGGUGGAAGCGGCCAAAACUAACGGUUCCACUGUCGGCCGGGUCGGCACCUACCUUUCGCCUCAUGUCGUCUCGGUCAGGGAGCGCAUCUGGCUGGAUGGCAAACCCAUCAGCCGUGAUCUGUUCACCAAGAACGUCUUUGACAUGUGGGCACGGCUUAGCGAGGCAGCAGCAGCAGCUGAUCCCUCUGAUCCGGAUCCUUACGGCGCACAUACAAAGCCAUUUUACUUCCGGUUCUUGACGCUGCUGGCAUUCCACAUUUUUCUACAGCAGGGGGUACGUUCGGCUGUCAUUGAGUGCGGGAUUGGGGGCGAGUACGACGCAACCAAUAUUUUACCUGCCACGUCCGUCACUACCGCUGUUGUUACGCGUCUUGGUAUUGACCAUGUUGCUAUGCUAGGCCGCACUCUUGAAGAGAUAGCGUGGCACAAGGCGGGUAUUUUCAAAGAGGGAGUUACCGUUUUCACACUACAACAAGGCCCUGGCGAUUACGAGCUGAGCGAUAAAGCAAUGCCGCCCGGAGAGAGCAAAAAGGACAGAGAAGCUGCUGUUGCUGUUCUCCAUUCGAGAGCCGCAGAGAAAAAUGUAAAGGACUUACACGAAUUGCGCCCAGACGUCGUCGCUCAGUGGUCAGGGGUUCCGGGUGCUAGCCUGCCUGGAAAGUUCCAGAAGUUUAACAUGGCCCUUGCAGUUGCUGCUGCCUGUCACCACCUGUGCAAAGUGGGCAUUGCAGGCGACAAGGCGUUCGAUUUAACUGCCGCUGUUUUCGACCCGUCCAACCUCCCGGAAUAUUACGUGUCUGCCUUGGCGAAGGUUACACUUCGUGGCCGUUGCGAAAGCAUCAUGGAUACACAAAGAGGGUCUUGCUCAGUGCAGUACAUCGUCGACGGCGCCCACACGGCUGACAGCUUGGGGGAGGUGGCGCGAUUUUUUUCCGCCCGACAAAGCACCAUCGACAGUGCCUCAACAAAAGGUGUGGUAGCUCCACGGUCAAAACGCAUACUUCUCUUCAGUGUGCGUGAUCGCAAACCGGGCGACCUUAUACGAGCUCUUCUGUCAGGUGCCAACGACGGAGGUAAAGCAACAAGUACUACCUUUUUCGACGACGCAUUUUUUGUGUUUCCACCAGAGGCUGAGGCAGCGCGCGCAGAAGCUCUCGUUGCAAUGCAGGCCGUCAGUCCAGACACGGUUUGCCAGGCCGUCGACACUGUUGCAGCUGCGAUUGGUCAGAUUCGUGCUCUUGCCGCUGAGCCUGUGGAUUGUUUUGUUGGCGCUUAUGCAGAUGCUACAGCCAUCCCAUCACAAUCGUGCCAUGUCCUGGCUACGGGAAGUUUUGUGCUGGCGCGCGAAGUGCUCCAGGAGUUGGAUGCCGAAUUUGAAGAAUAG